AUGCUGCCGCAAUGCCAGGGUCCCGUUUGGGCCAUCGACGACCUAUCUCGUUGCUUCCAGCGCAAUAUUCUACAGGUUAUCCUUCCCCUCACAGUUUGCGGCGCCUCGCUGCUCGUGGUCCUAAUUCGCCUCGCUCAUCGUUAUGCGCUCACCCGGAAAGGUGUUGCUUACAAGCUCCUUCCCAGCAAUGAUUCCGAGGAAUCAAAUGCGGCGGAAAAUGAAUCCGAUGCCAUCUUCUCCCAGGCCAUCCAGCACGAACGAUCCCAACUCGAGAUCGAUCGCCCGCGCGGAGAGGUCGCCGUCGUAUUACUCGAAAUCGCCGUUUCCAUUGGCCAGGUUGCACUAUACACGGUGAUUUUGUCGACUAACGCCUGGGGCCGACAUGGAACACUUCCAGCCGUCGCAGGCCUUGUGUCAUGGAGUUACAUACUGUUCUUGGUACUGGUCCGGUUCCUUCUAUCGGCUAAGGAGCUUUCCUCCGCCCCGAGACUCUGGACUCACACGGCCAGUUUGUACGGUCUUCAGUGGCUGUUCAACAUUAUGGUGUUCCGAUCCGCCAUCAUCCACCCGCUGUCUAAAAAUGCCCUGAUUCUCAGCAGCAUCCAGUUUGCAUUGAGCACAGUGCUGUUGACGAUCGCGCUCACUACUCGCCGAGGCAACAAGCCAGUUUUGGUGGAGCGCGAAGGUGACCUGGAGCCUCCGAGAUACCCAACAGCCAGUUUGUUUUCGCUUGCGACAUUCUCCUGGGUCGACUCACUGGUCAUGAAAGGCUACCGUCAAACGCUGGAGCUUCAGGAUGUUUGGAACUUGACUCCAUCUCAGAAGGCUGUCAAUGUCCUUGCCGACUUUCGCAAGAGAAAGAUGAAAGGUUCCCUAGCAUGGAAGCUACUUCGAUUCUUCAUGGGAACCAUCCUCAAGCAGGGUGCUUGGACGAUCUUUGCCAACCUCUUCGUUUUCAUGCCUAGUCUGCUUCUCAAGGCUAUCCUCGAGUAUGUCGAGGAUCCUCGGUCGACUACUCCCAAUGCUGCUUGGCUGUUUGCGAUUCUGCUUUUCUGCUGCACCAUGACUAAGAACAUUGCUGAUAACCAAGCUCUGUGGAUUGGUCGCACGAUGGGUGUGAAAAUCCGCGCGGUCAUUAUCGGUGAAAUCUACGCCAAGGCUUUGCGCCGCAAGGCGGGUGCUUCGGUCGAGGCUGCAAAGAAGUCUGUAGAGGACUCUGUCUUGCCCAAAGAUGCGCAACAAAAGACGAAGAAGAAAGGGCUUUUUUCUUUCAGCCGUAAGAAGAAGGCCAUGAAUGGCAAUGAUGCCGAGUCUGGCAACAAGCCCGAAUCUAAGUUUGACGAAACCACUCAAGCCAAUGUCGGUACCAUCAUCAACUUGAUGGCUAUUGAUUCAUUCAAAGUGAGCGAAGUUGGUGCCUAUCUUCAUUUCCUGUGGGCUAGUGUACCCGUGCAACUCAUCAUGGCCGUCACUCUACUUUACCAUGUCAUGGGCUUCAGCUCAUUUGCUGGUAUUGUGUUGAUGUUUCUUAUGCUGCCUAUCAACCUCUUCAUUGCCCGCCAGUUCAACAAGGUACAAGGCGAGAUCCUCAAGGGUACCGAUUCCCGCAUUAACGCCACCAACGAAGUACUUCAAAACAUUCGCAUUAUCAAGUAUUUUGCUUGGGAACAGCGCUUCCAAAAUAUUGUCAAUGAGAAGCGCAAGGCCGAAUUGAAGGCCUUGCGGAACAGAUACAUCCUGUGGUCCAUUGCCGCCACUGUUUGGUACGGCACGCCUCUUCUGAUCACGUUCGCGUCCUUCUUCCUGUACACGGUCGUCGAGAAAAAGCAGUUGACUCCUUCCAUCGCAUUCCCUGCUCUCUCAAUGUUCUCACUAUUGCGUAUUCCAUUGGACCAGCUGGCGGACAUGGUAGCCCACGUCCAGGAAUGCAAGGUCUCCCUUGAUCGUGUGGACAAGUAUCUCAAUGAGGAGGAAACUAGCAAAUAUGAUCAACUACGGGACAGUACAACUGCUGGAACACCUGCUAAGAUCGGCCUUGAAAAUGCAACCCUCUCUUGGAGCAAUUCCAAGACUCAGACUCAGGAUACUGCGUCCGAAGCCGACUUGGAUGCUUUCCGUCUAAUAAACAUUGACGUUGAAUUCCUUAUUGGCAAGCUAAACAUUAUUGCUGGACCCACUGGAUCUGGCAAAACUUCUCUGCUAAUGGCUCUCCUGGGAGAGAUGCAGCUUAUCGAGGGCCGCGUCUACCUCCCCGGUGGAAUGGCCAACAGAGCCGAUCUUCCAAUUGACCCCGAGACCGGCCUGGUUGACAGCAUUGCUUAUUGUGCCCAGGAAGCGUGGUUGGUCAACGAUACUGUAAAGGAAAACAUUGUCUUCGCCUCUCCCUAUGACGAGCGGCGCUACCGCGCAGUGCUGAAGGCCUGUGCACUCGAGCGCGACCUUGCCAUUCUGGAUGCCGGUGACCAGACUAUGGUCGGAGAAAAGGGUAUCAGUUUGUCUGGUGGCCAGAAGCAGAGGAUUUCUCUUGCUCGCGCUAUCUACAGCAGUGGCCGCCAUCUGCUACUUGAUGACUGUCUCUCUGCCGUCGACUCUCACACUGCUAAGCACAUCUUCCGCCAAGCUCUCACCGGUCCUUUGAUGCUCAACCGUACUUGUAUUUUGGUCACCCACAACGUUGGAUUGACUGUUCCCCAGGCGGAUCACGUUGUAGUCAUGGAAAACGGCAAGAUCUCCGCCCAAGGCCGCCCCAACGAUGUUGCUGCCACUGGUGCGUUGGGCGAUGAAUACAAGUCCCGCCCAGCUUCCAGAGCCAGCUCCCGUGGCCAGGCGGAUGAUGAAGAUCUGGGUGGAACUGCUGAUGGAAAGGCCCAGGAAGAUAAGAAUAAGCUUCUCGAGUCCAAGACUACUGGUAGCAUCGCGUGGUCCACUGUUAGCAUGUACCUCAGCGCUAUGGGCCCGUGGUACUACUGGAUUGGAGCUGUCUCGGUGUUCUUCUUGCAGCAAAUCGGAUCGGUUUCCACCAACAUUUGGAUCAGGCAAUGGGCCAAUUCCUACCAAACUUCUAAGGCUGGCACUGAGGAUGCCGGCCAGUAUGCCGCCGCGGCUCAUCUCAAGCCUCCUACUUUUAAUGUCGGAAGUGUCGGUCGCGUCAGCAGUUGGAGUUUCCCCCAGCUUGGCGGAGGCUCCACGGCCGCCGAGGCUGAUGGCGAGGUCAAUGUCGCUUACUACCUGGGUGUCUAUGCACUUCUGGGAUCCUUCUACAUUCUUAUCUCUCUCGCCCGGGAGGGUUUGGUUUUCUGGGGCUCGCUUCAUGCUUCAUGGAAGAUCCAUGACCGCCUUCUCAAGGCGGUCAUGCACGCCAAGUUCCGUUUCUUCGAUUCCACGCCUCUUGGCCAGCUCAUGAACCGGUUCUCCAAGGAUGUCGAGUCUGUCGAUCAGGAAGUUGCCGGUGUUGCUAUCGGUAUGCUCCAUAGUCUCGCAUCAGUCAUCAUGGUUGUCAUUUUGAUCUCCUGGAUCACCCCUCGCUUUUUGAUUGCUGGUGUAUUCAUCAUACUCGUGUAUACUGCUCUCGGUGCCGUCUACAUAAACUCCUCUCGCGAUCUCAAGCGUCUGGAAUCUGUGCAGCGCAGUCCCUUGUACCAGCAAUUUGGCGAGACGCUAAACGGACUCGUGACCAUCCGUGCCUAUGGUGAUGGUCCUCGCUUCAUGGUCGACAAUCACCGACGCAUCAAUGCCUACAAUCGGCCUCACAUCUACCUCUGGGCUAGCAACCGCUGGCUCGCUUUCCGUGUUGAUUGGGCCGGUGCUCUGGUUUCCUUCUUUGCGGCUGCCUUUGUGCUGCUGAACGUUGGAGCCAUCGACGCCGGUGCCGCCGGUCUUUCGCUGACUUACGCCGUCACAUUCUCAGAGAACAUGCUCUGGCUUGUGCGUCUUUAUUCCGACGUCCAACAGAACAUGAACUCCGUUGAGCGACUCAGAGAAUAUCUUGAUGUGGACCAGGAAGCAGCAUCUGUCAUUGAAGAGUCCCGUCCUGCAGCGGACUGGCCGAGCCAAGGCGCAGUCGAAUUCAAGGGCUACACCACGCGCUACAAAGCUGAGCUGGAUCCCGUUCUCAAGGAGGUUUCGUUCUCCGUCAAGGCUGGCGAGAAGGUCGGUAUUGUCGGUCGUACAGGUGCUGGCAAGAGCUCUCUCGCCCUAGCGCUCUUCCGCGGUCUCGAGGCAGAGAAGGGUCAAAUCAUAAUUGACGGUGUUGACAUCGGAUCCAUCGGACUACGAGACCUGCGUGAGGCUAUCACCAUCGUGCCCCAAGACCCAACUCUCUUCACAGGAACACUCCGCAGCAACCUGGAUCCAUUCGGCCUCUUCAGCGACGAAGACAUCUUCAAGGCCCUCCGUCGCGUUCACCUAAUCGGAUCCAGCACCUCGGGCACCACAACCCCCGCAACCUCCAGCACCCUCACAGCAACCGAAACCAACGUCAACGGCGCCAACGGCAGUGUGGCAACAACAGUCGACAACAAAAACGUCUUCUACAACCUCGACAGCCUUGUCUCCGAGUCGGGCUCGAACCUCUCUCAAGGCCAGCGCCAACUCCUUUGCCUAGCGCGCGCCCUCCUCAAGAAUCCCCGCGUCCUAAUGAUGGACGAAGCAACCGCCUCAAUCGACUACGCCACCGACUCUAAGAUCCAAGAAACCCUCCGCGAGCUGCACAGCAGCACGAUUAUCACCAUUGCCCACCGACUGCAGACUAUCAUCGACUACGACAAAGUCCUAGUUCUCGACCACGGCCGCGUCAUCGAGUUCGACCAUCCCUGGUCGCUCAUUAAUAAGGAGGACGGCAUGUUCCGCGGCAUGUGCGAUAAUAGCGGCAACAUGGAUGGCUUGCUCGAUGGGGCAAAGCGCGCCUGGAUGCAAAAAAGACUCGUUGAUGAUUCUUAA